AAUACCACACUUCAGUCAGGUAAUUUUUCUUGAAAGGCUCAGGUAUAAAACAGGGAGAGAUUCGGAGAUAAAUCACAUCAUUUCUUGUUGAGCUUAAAAAGUUUGUUUUGAAAAAUUCGUCAUGUUUCUGCUAGUACUCUGUUCAGUCCUGGCUUAUGCAUAUGCUGCACCCAGAACCUGCCAUGGUGACGUCAUGCAGCUCCACCCCACGGGCAAACACACUGGGGGUGUCGCCGCUUCAAACGCCGAGGUCCAGCAUGACCUACCUGCUUUAAACAACCACAGGCAUUGUUAUCAGGCAACCGCUGACAACAACUGUAUCCAAGCCUCCGUCAUCGCCGCCAUCGCCAGCAGAGAGUCCAGAGGCGGAUCCCUGCUUGUUUCCACUGGAGGGUACGGUGACCACGGCGCCGCCUGGGGCAUCAUGCAGUGUGACAUUACUCACUCUGGUCUGCCCUGCAAAUCUGUGCCCUGGGACAGCUGUGAGCACAUCGAGAUGAUGGUCCAUAGACUUCUGGUGCCUUACAUCAACCAGGUUCAUGCAAAACAUCCAUCCUGGAGCCAACAUCAAGCUUUACAAGGUGGUUGUGCCGCCUACAACUCUGGCGUCAGCAACGUCCAGACAUGGGGUGGACUUGACAUCGGCACCACCGGAAAUGACUACAGCAAUGACGUCAUCGCCAGAGCCCAGUGGCUCCACCACAAUGGCUGGAACUAGAAGAGUUUUCCUCCCUCGCAGCCGCCUCGGUUUUAAUGUGUAAAUAAUUGAUGAAUUUACGUACACAGCUAUUAAACUGUACACACUUCAAA